CUCUCAUUCUUUCGCCAUAUUUCAAUUCUCUUUCGCAGUUUCCAUUUCCAUCCUCCAAAAUUUUAGGGUUUUCAGAUUCUGCAAAUACCGCCACCAGAACACUAGAUAUUGAUUCCAACUAUGAAAACGACGCAUGUUUUCUCUCCUUUAAUUCCUCUAAUCGGAAUCUAUAUUGUGAGUUGAAUGGAAGGAACUGGAGGCAGCAGUGCCUCGGCUGCUGCACCCGUGAACCAAAAGUGGCAGGAAUUUGCGAAGCUAUUUCAAUAUUAUCUGGAUAAAUCCACGCCACACGCCACGUAUAGAUGGAUUGGGAGUUUGGUUAUUGUGUCGAUCUUUGUUUUGCGGGUUUUUUAUGUCCAGGGAUUUUACAUCGUGUCUUAUGGAUUGGGCAUCUACCUGCUGAAUCUGUUGAUUGGGUUUCUGUCACCGUUGGUCGAUCCUGAAAUGGAGCCUUCUGACGGGCCUUUGCUGCCGACUAAAGGUUCUGACGAGUUCAAACCGUUCAUUCGCCGACUGCCUGAGUUUAAGUUCUGGUAUUCUUUCACAAAGGCUUUCUGCAUAGCAUUUAUGAUGACUUUCUUUUCUGUGUUUGAUGUUCCUGUGUUCUGGCCAAUAUUACUCUGUUACUGGGUUGUUCUGUUUGUCCUUACUAUGAGGCGCCAAAUUGCACACAUGAUCAAAUACAAAUACAUACCAUUCAACAUUGGAAAGCAGAAAUAUACUGGCAAAAGAUCCUCUGCAAGUAGCAGUGGCAGUCGUGCAGACUGAAGUUUGGUUUUGUUGCAACUUGAAAAAUGCAAAUCUCGUAGUUAGGUUUUGUGGACCUCCAGGGUAGAUUUUUCCCUUUUAUUUGAAGGAAUUUGUAGUCAGAGUAUGACGGAUGCCAAUAUGCAGUUACAGAACUAUUAUCUGUGUUCCAUUCAGAAGACAUGCUAAAGCAGGGCUUUGAACGUCAAUGUGGAUAUACAUUAGUAUUUGAUUCAGUUUUAGAUUUCAUCGCAAAUCUAGAUUGUAUUGCGAUGUUGCAGACCAUGAUUUGAAGACAAACUUCGUAUAGCACUCAUUUUUCUCCUGUUCAGGGAAAAACUAUUUGCCUUUAUGUUCAUGCGUCUUAUAAGGUUGUAAGAUGAACUAUUGACAGCUUGACAACAUCUCUACCUGUGUAUUUUUUUUUCAUUCAAAAGUAAAUUCUAUUUAUGGGUA